AUGGCGGAUCGGACAGCUCCCAGCUGCCAGCUCCGGCUGGAGUGGGUGUACGGGUACCGGGGUCACCAGUGCCGCAACAACCUGUACUACACGGCCGGCAAGGAGGUGGUCUACUUUGUGGCUGGGGUCGGGGUGGUUUACAACACCCGAGAGCACAGCCAAAAAUUCUUCUUGGGACACAACGACGACAUUAUCAGCCUUGCCUUACACCCAGAUAAAACUCUCGUUGCAACUGGCCAAGUUGGGAAGGAGCCAUAUAUAUGUAUAUGGGAUUCCUAUAACGUCCAGACUGUGUCUAUUCUUAAAGAUGUCCAUACACAUGGAGUCGCCUGCCUGGCUUUCGAUUCAGAUGGACAGCGUUUGGCCUCUGUGGGAUUGGAUGCCAAAAACACAGUCUGCAUUUGGGACUGGAGGAAGGGAAAACUUCUGGCCUCCGCCACCGGCCACUCCGACCGGAUUUUUGAUAUUUCCUGGGAUCCAUAUCAGCCAAACAGAGUGGUUAGCUGUGGAGUAAAACAUAUAAAGUUUUGGACACUCUGUGGAAAUGCCCUGACUGCAAAAAGAGGGAUAUUUGGCAAAACAGGGGAUCUUCAGACCAUCCUUUGCCUUGCAUGUGCCAAAGAAGACAUCACCUAUUCUGGUGCUUUAAAUGGAGACAUCUAUGUCUGGAAAGGGCUCAAUUUAGUCCGCACCAUUCAAGGAGCACACAGUGCUGGAAUCUUUAGCAUGUAUGCUUGUGAAGAAGGCUUUGCCACUGGUGGACGAGAUGGGUGUAUUCGAUUAUGGGAUACUGAUUUCAAACCAAUAACCAAAAUAGAUCUCAGGGAGACAGAACAAGGAUAUAAAGGCCUCUCUAUCCGGAGUGUGUGCUGGAAAGCAGACCGCCUUCUAGCAGGGACCCAGGACAGUGAGAUAUUUGAAGUGAUCGUGCGCGAACGAGACAAGCCGAUGCUGAUCCUGCAAGGCCACUGUGAGGGGGAGCUCUGGGCUCUGGCCCUGCACCCCAAGAAGCCACUGGCUGUGACAGGCAGUGAUGAUCGCUCUGUCAGGCUGUGGAGCCUGGCUGACCAUGCCUUGAUCGCCCGCUGUAACAUGGAGGAAGCAGUUCGCAGUGUGGCCUUCAGCCCCGAUGGAUCUCAGCUGGCCCUGGGCAUGAAGGAUGGCUCUUUCAUUGUGCUCCGAGUCAGAGAUAUGACAGAAGUGGUUCAUAUCAAAGAUCGAAAAGAAGUCAUUCAUGAAAUGAAAUUUUCUCCAGAUGGCUCUUACCUCGCGGUGGGAUCCAAUGACGGCCCAGUGGAUGUGUAUGCCGUUGCCCAGCGGUAUAAGAAAAUUGGAGAAUGCAGCAAGUCCCUUAGUUUCAUCACCCACAUUGAUUGGUCUUUGGAUAGCAAAUACUUGCAGACCAAUGACGGCGCAGGAGAACGCCUGUUCUACAAGAUGCCGUCUGGGAAGCCUUUAACAAGUAAAGAAGAAAUCAAAGGGAUUCCCUGGGCCUCCUGGACUUGUGUGAAAGGCCCUGAAGUGAGUGGAAUUUGGCCAAAGUACACUGAUGUCACUGACAUCAAUUCAGUGGAUGCAAAUUACAACAGCUCUGUGCUGGUUUCUGGCGAUGAUUUUGGACUGGUUAAAUUGUUUAAAUUUCCUUGUCUCAAGAAAGGAGCCAAAUUUAGAAAGUAUGUGGGCCAUUCUGCACAUGUCACAAAUGUCCGCUGGUCCCAUGACUUUCAGUGGGUAUUGAGCACAGGAGGGGCUGACCACUCAGUUUUCCAGUGGAGAUUUGUUCCAGAAGGUGUCAGCAACGGUCUGCUGGAAACUGCACCCCAGGAAGGUGGCACUGAUUCCUACAGCGAAGAAUCUGAUUCGGAUUUAUCUGACGUGCCGGAAUUGGACUCUGAUAUUGAGCAAGAAACUCAAAUCAAUUAUGAUCGCCAGGUUUACAAAGAAGAUCUACCUCAGCUAAAGCAACAAAGUAAAGAGAAAACCCAUGCAGUGCCCUUCCUCAAAAGAGAAAAGGCUCCUGAGGACAGCUUGAAACUUCAGUUCAUACACGGUUACAGAGGCUACGACUGUAGAAAUAAUCUUUUCUACACGCAAGCUGGAGAAGUGGUCUAUCACAUUGCUGCGGUUGCCGUGGUGUACAACAGACAGCAACACUCCCAGAGGCUGUACCUGGGGCACGAUGAUGACAUUCUCAGCCUGACCAUCCAUCCAGUGAAGGACUAUGUGGCCACUGGGCAGGUUGGAAGAGAUGCUGCUAUUCAUGUGUGGGACACACAAACUCUAAAAUGUUUGUCGCUAUUGAAAGGACAACACCAGAGGGGAGUGUGUGCGCUCGAUUUUUCAGCUGAUGGAAAAUGUCUGGUGUCGGUUGGUUUAGACGAUUUUCACAGUAUUGUGUUUUGGGACUGGAAAAAGGGAGAAAAAAUAGCCACCACAAGAGGGCAUAAAGACAAGAUAUUUGUGGUUAAGUGUAACCCACACCAUGUUGACAAACUGGUUACAGUUGGGAUGAAGCAUAUCAAAUUCUGGCAACAAGCAGGUGGGGGCUUCACCUCUAAAAGAGGAAUUUUUGGAAGUGCUGGAAAAUUGGAAACAAUGAUGUGUGUUUCUUAUGGGCGAAUGGAAGAUCUAGUGUUCUCAGGAGCAGCUACUGGAGAUAUUUUUAUUUGGAAAGAUAUUCUACUACUAAAGACAGUGAAAGCUCAUGACGGGCCUGUGUUUGCUAUGUAUGCAUUGGAUAAGGGUUUUGUAACAGGUGGAAAGGAUGGAAUUGUGGAACUCUGGGAUGAUAUGUUUGAAAGAUGCUUGAAGACUUAUGCCAUUAAAAGAGCAGCAUUGUCAACCAGCUCAAAAGGCUUGCUUUUGGAAGAUAACCCUUCAAUUCGUGCCAUCACUUUGGGACAUGGACAUAUCCUGGUGGGAACAAAAAACGGGGAGAUCCUGGAAAUUGAUAAAAGUGGCCCAGUGACGCUGCUUGUUCAGGGGCACAUGGAGGGAGAAGUAUGGGGUCUGGCAGCCCACCCUCUCCUGCCCAUCUGCGCAACGGUGAGUGAUGAUAAAACACUUCGGAUCUGGGAAUUAUCCUCCCAGCACCGUAUGCUGGCUGUUCGAAAACUCAAAAAAGGGGGAAGAUGCUGUGCCUUCUCCCCUGAUGGGAAAGCCUUAGCAGUUGGCUUGAAUGAUGGGAGUUUCCUGGUCGUAAAUGCUGACACUGUUGAAGACAUGGUCUCCUUCCAUCACAGAAAAGAAAUGAUCUCUGAUAUUAAAUUUUCAAAAGAUACAGGAAAAUACCUUGCUGUGGCCUCCCAUGAUAACUUUGUGGAUAUUUACAACGUCCUUACAAGCAAACGCGUUGGCAUCUGUAAAGGGGCUUCUAGUUAUAUUACACAUAUUGACUGGGACUCAAGAGGAAAAUUACUGCAGGUUAAUUCGGGUGCCAAAGAACAACUCUUUUUUGAAGCUCCAAGAGGCAAACGGCAUAUAAUAAGACCUUCAGAGAUCGAGAAAAUCGAGUGGGACACAUGGACGUGUGUCCUGGGGCCCACCUGCGAGGGCAUCUGGCCCGCGCAUAGCGACGUGACUGAGGUCAAUGCGGCCAGUCUUACCAAAGACUGUUCCCUCCUAGCAACUGGAGAUGAUUUUGGCUUUGUUAAGCUUUUCUCCUAUCCCGUCAAGGGCCAGCACGCAAGAUUCAAGAAGUAUGUGGGGCACAGCGCGCACGUCACCAAUGUGAGGUGGCUGCACAGCGACUCUGUGCUGCUCACGGUUGGCGGUGCCGACACCGCCUUGAUGAUCUGGACGAGGGAGUUUGUGGGGACCCAAGAGAGCAAACUGGUGGAUAGCGAGGAGUCGGACACAGACGCGGAAGAGGACGGAGGCUAUGACAGUGACGUUGCUAGAGAGAAGGCCAUUGAUUACACCACCAAGAUCUAUGCAGUGAGCAUCAGGGAGAUGGAAGGCACCAAACCACACCAGCAGCUGAAAGAAGUUUCAGUGGAAGAAAGACCACCCGUUAGCAGAGCAGCUCCCCAGCCUGAGAAACUCCAGAAGAACAAUAUCACCAAAAAAAAAGAAACUGGUUGAGGUGAGGAGGAGCUGGCUCUCGAUCACGUGUUUGGCUACAGGGGAUUCGACUGUCGCAACAACCUGCAUUACCUGAAUGACGGCGCGGACAUCAUCUUCCACACGGCGGCCGCUGGCGUGCUGCAGAACCUGGCCACGGGGAGCCAGAGCUUCUACCUCGAGCACACGGAUGACAUCCUCUGCCUCACGGUGAACCAGCACCCCAAGUACAGAAAUGUGGUGGCCACCAGCCAGAUAGGGACGACGCCUUCAAUCCAUAUCUGGGACGCCAUGACCAAACACACCCUCUCGAUGCUGCGGUGCUUCCACUCGAAAGGGGUGAAUUACAUCAACUUCAGUGCCACCGGGAAGCUCCUGGUGUCGGUGGGAGUGGACCCCGAGCACACCAUCACCGUCUGGCGUUGGCAGGAAGGCGCCAAGGUUGCCAGCCGAGGGGGUCACCUGGAGCGCAUAUUUGUGGUGGAAUUUCGCCCCGACUCAGACACCCAAUUUGUGUCCGUCGGGGUCAAACAUAUGAAGUUCUGGACCCUGGCAGGCAGCGCCCUGCUUUACAAGAAAGGGGUCAUCGGGUCCAUGGAAGCUGCCAAGAUGCAGACGAUGCUCUCCGUGGCCUUCGGUGCUAACAACCUCACUUUCACGGGUGCCAUCAAUGGAGACGUCUAUGUGUGGAAGGACCACUUCCUCAUCCGGCUGGUGGCCAAGGCUCACACAGGCCCCGUCUUCACAAUGUACACAACCCUUCGGGACGGACUCAUAGUGACCGGUGGCAAAGAGCGGCCGACCAAAGAAGGAGGUGCCGUGAAACUGUGGGACCAGGAGAUGAAGCGCUGCCGGGCCUUCCAGCUGGAGACAGGCCAGCUGGUGGAGUGUGUGCGCUCCGUGUGCCGGGGCAAAGGAAAAAUUUUAGUAGGAACCAAAGAUGGAGAAAUAAUUGAAGUUGGUGAAAAAAAUGCUGCUUCCAACAUCCUGAUUGAUGGACACAUGGAAGGGGAGAUCUGGGGCCUGGCCACACACCCCUCCAAGGACAUCUUCAUCUCUGCCAGCAAUGACGGCACGGCCCGCAUCUGGGACCUGGCUGACAAGAAGCUGCUCAACAAGGUGAACCUGGGCCACGCGGCCAGGUGUGCAGCCUACAGCCCCGAUGGGGAGAUGGUGGCCAUCGGCAUGAAGAAUGGGGAGUUUGUCAUCUUGCUGGUGAACAGCCUCAAAGUCUGGGGGAAAAAACGAGACCGGAAAUCUGCUAUCCAGGAUAUCAGAAUCAGCCCAGACAGCAGAUUCUUAGCUGUUGGUUCUUCUGAACACACAGUUGACUUCUAUGACCUCACUCAGGGCACAAGCCUGAAUCGCAUUGGCUACUGCAAAGAUAUUCCAAGCUUUGUCAUUCAGAUGGAUUUCUCAGCGGAUGGCAGAUACAUCCAGGUGUCAACAGGAGCCUACAAGCGCCAGGUGCAUGAGGUCCCCCUGGGGAAGCAGGUCACCGAAGCCAUGGUCAUCGAGAAGAUCACCUGGGCCUCCUGGACAAGCGUUCUGGGGGACGAAGUCAUUGGCAUCUGGCCACGAAAUGCAGAUAAGGCUGAUGUCAACUGCGCGUGUGUGACCCAUGCUGGCCUCAACAUUGUCACCGGAGAUGACUUUGGGCUAGUGAAGCUCUUUGAUUUUCCAUGCACGGAAAAAUUUGCCAAACAUAAGCGUUACUUCGGCCACUCAGCUCACGUGACGAACAUCCGUUUCUCUCAUGACGACAAGUAUGUGGUCAGCACUGGAGGAGAUGACUGCAGUGUGUUUGUGUGGCGAUGUCUGUAAAUGCCAGAAACCUCUUUCUCGCUGCUGCUGCCCGCCCCCCAGCCACCACGGAGGCACGCAGGGGCCCCUCCGUGCCCACAGCGCUGCAGGCCACACGAGCGCCACGUGCCAGCGAAGCGGGGUGACCGCCCCAUCCUCUGCGGAACUGUGCUGCCCGGAAGGUCAGUUCUCACAUGGGAGGAGUGCUUGCCUCUGUUCGUGGCACGACACAAAAAAUCCUCUCUGACCAUGUAGCCCACCGACAGAAUUUAAAGCCUCAGUUACCCUAACCAAUAUGUAGCUUUUAAUUUGCAUCAGAACUUUUACAAAGGAUGUUUUGCUAUUCUGUUUCUAUAUACUUUAAAAAUGUUCAUUUUUACCAAUGAGUUGAACAAGACCGCUUCAGUUAGACGCACCUAAGCAUUAGAACUACCGAUAGCCUCAGUUCUCCACAUUUAGCUUUCAAAACCAA